AGGUUUUUUAUUACUUUGUUCCUCGAGGAGGAUUGUCCAUCUUCUCGGGUCAUAAGGACUCCAUUAAGGGCUGGGCGGAAAGUUUCCCCGUGGUAGAGCUGAAGGAAGGCUCGGGACUGUCUUAGGAAGUGGAUCUCUCUUGGAGGGAUGUUUCCCCAGGGUAUAAUGACCUUUCUCAGUUGCCCCUGUUAGACCAUAUUUGCCUUCUCCGACUGACCUUUGUUUCGCGAAAGUAUGAUAUCGAGAAGUGUAUGUUCGUGCCCAGUCUUUAGGACUGCUGGGAAGCUGGUACUUGCUUGUUGAUGUUCUGCUUUUUCUCUUGUUUUCAUUUUUUUUCUUGUAUUCGUUCCUGACUGUGUGGUUAUUUUUGUUUUUCACAGCUUCCGACCUCCCGAUGGAGCAAAUUAAGCCGCCUAAGAAUUUCACGAUCUUCAGGGAGAACAUGAAGGCCACCUUGGAGGCCUUUUCGGCUGGCCGACGUUUCCCGGGAGGUUUUUCAUGCUAUCUCCCCUCCUGUAGCUGCGUGGACUAUCUCUUCUACCCCAGCUUCUUCUCGUGCUUUGGUGCCAGUCUUCAGGGACUCCCGCUCUGGUGCUUCUAAGGCGCCCACUCGCAACCGGACUCCCAACUUUUCUAAGUCACUUGCUGCUUCCCAGCCCAAGUCGGCCUCCCUUCUAGCCUCCCAAGAGCCCAUCAUCAUUGAAGAAUCUGCGGAGGGCAGCUCUAAAUGAGGGGCUGAGGUCACUCCUGCUACUGAGGAUGGCUCCAAAGGAGGGGCUGAGGUCGCUCCUGCUACUGAGAAUGCCUCCAGAGGGAGGGCUGAGGUCGUCCCUUCUGCUCCCCAUCCUAAAAAGGCCGCUGCCAGUGGUGGUAUUACGAUCAGAGAAGCUGCUGGCAAGCGAGCUCCACCUACAGAGGUCCCUCCUGAAGGCCAAGCCUCUAAAAGGGCCCGCUUAGCCAAGUCGCUCGGAGUCACUCUCCCUCCUGCUGAGAAAAGGAAGCAGUCUGUGGAGCUGUUGUCCUCUGCUCCUAACAACGAGUUUCUCAAUACUGUAGAGAUCACUCCUGGGUCUGCGGCGGCCUCUGUUGCCGAUCUGUUGUGGGAGAAGUUGUUCGGCGGGAUUUCUGAUGUCUUGAAUCCGUGCUUCCUUGCCCUCGCCAACCAUCUGGCCUGCUCCACUAGGCAAUAGGUGGCCUUUCGUUCGUGGUCUUGGGAGGAGCUAGGGGAUAGCCUUCGCGAGAUGCUCAUCAUGGUGCUGGGCAUUUACAUGGAGAUCGAUGCUUGGGAUCAGUCCUUUCAGAGCUCGAUGGACUGGCAGAUUGAAGAGGCAUGCCGUGAGGAGAAUCUCGUGGCGACUGGGGACGCUCACAGGCACAUUAUUGUCCUUAAGAGACAGCUUGAUGACCUCACCCUCGGCUUAGAUGGAUGUGGGAUGAGGCUGAUAGGGCCUUCGAGUGGGCUGCUGCGGUGGAGUCUCGUCGUGAUGAGGCUUUGGCGCAGUUGUCUUCUCUGGAAGAUGUCUGUCGAGAGCGGGAUGAGGCCAGAGGUCAGUGUAACGAGGCCUGGGCCCAAUGCGAAGCAGCUAAGGUGGAAUGUGAUGAGCCCAGGCCUGUUGCGAGGUAGUGAUGGCCCAGAGGGAGGAGGCCCUGGCUCGGGUUGUUGUCCUUGAGCAGGAGCUUAGCAAGUGCACUAAGGACCUGAAAGGCAUGGCCUCGGCAAUUGAGGAGUCGCGACUUCAACAACAGCAACUUCGCCAAGAGGUUACUAUCUUGGAGGAGAGGUGUUCUGCCCUGCUCAAGGACUCCAGGCUUGCGGAGGACAGGGUCCAGUUGGCUUGUGAGGAGCGCCUAAAGGAGUAUAGGGACUCUGCAAAACUGAAGGCCAAGAUUGAGCAGGCUUGUGAAGAAUGCCUACAGGGAUACAAAGACUCCACUGAGCUAAAAGCCAAGAUUGAGCAGGCCUGUAAGGUGUGACUUGCUGAGUACCAGGCUUCUGAUGAAUGAAAGAAAAAUUAUAUAACUCAGCCUUCCGAAUGUUCACUUUCGGGUUCAAUCAAGGCCUGAAGGCAGCUAGGGAUGCCCCCUCCGCCCCUUUGGCUCACCUUCGAGCUCCUGAGGUCGAUUCUGAUGGCGAGGAGGUGCGCUACGGGAAGGAUGAUAACCCAUUGUCCAAAGGAGCUCCUCCCUUGCCGACUGGACCCCAAGGAGAAGGUGCUGGACUCCAAGGAGAUGAUGUAUGACUCCAAGGAGAGGAUAGUGUAAAUAAGCCUUUGAACGAUCUUGUCAAUUUGGGCUCAUCUUCUGUACUCUUGGAUAAAUAAAUAAAUAAAUAAAGAUGUUAUUUUUCCUUCUC